AUGAAGAGGAAGGUUGAAGUGACUAUUCCCUGCCACAGGGAUGGUUGCUCCCUUUUCCUGGAGCUUGUGAUGAGUAGCCCUGCACAGGCUUUUCUGCCUGUGCAGUGUCUGAGGCUCUCUUUCCUGCUGCCUUCAGGCCUAUAUCGUUUAUCAUUAAUUAUUUGUGGAGUUCCAUGCACUUCUGCAUUUCUUCUCUAUAAGUGGAGGAGAAGGCAUUUGUCAGUGUAUGAUGGCAUUGAAGAAUUCUCGCAAACUCAGGUCAAUUUUAUGCCUGUCAGGUAUUCUUACUCUGACAUUAAGCGGAUAACCAAUGGGUUCAAGAACAAGUUGGGUGAAGGAGGCUUUGGCCAUGUAUAUAAAGGGAAGCUUCGCAGUGGAAGGUUUGCUGCCAUAAAAAUGUUGGAUAAGUCCAAAGCUGACGGAAAAGAUUUUAUCAGUAAAGUGGGUACUAUUGGAAAAAUUCAUCAUGUGAAUGUGGUAAAGCACCUUGGUUCCUGUGUUGAGGGAUCCCAUCGUGCUCUUGUGUAUGAAUUUAUGGCUAAUGGAUCUCUUUCCCAGGAAGAUAGCAGAAUGCUAAGUAAUGAGAAAAUGCAUGAGAUUUCACUUGGUGUUGCUCGUGGCAUCGAGUAUCUCCGUCGAGGCUGUGAUAUGCAAAUUUUACAUUUUGAUAUCAAGCCUCAUGAAAAUUUCAUCCCGAAGAUUUCGGAUUUUGGGCUUGCGAAAUUGUAUCCGACAAAUAAUAAUACUGUGUCUCUCACAGCAGCACGAGGAACGAUCAGUUACAUGGCUCCUGAAUUGUGCUACAAAACUAUAUGAAGUAUUUCUCACAAGGCUGAUGUCUAUACUUUUGGAAUGCUGUUAAUGGAAGCGGCAGGAAGAAGGAAGAACUUGAAUGUAUUGGCAGAGCGUUCAAGCCAAAUGUACUUCCCUUCGUUGGCUUAUGACCAUAUUAAUGAAGGAAAGGACAUUGAAAUUGGCAAUGCUACAGAGGAUGAAAGGAGCAUAACAAAGAAGAUGAUCAUGGUAGCGUUGCGGUGUAUACAACUAAAGCCGACUGAUCGCCCUGCAAUGCAUGAAGUCGUGAGGAUGCUUGAAAGAGAUAUCAAAGACAUUGAAAUGCCUCCAAAGCCUUCCUUGUCGUUAAAGGACAAAAGUGAUUAUGUAGAUUCUAUGAGUUCUAUUUUCGACAUAGAUAAGUUGUCAAACAAAUAGAUAUAAAGGCUAUGUUUGGUGUGAUGCAAUAAAACAUGUAAUGGUUUCACCAUUACAUUACAUAUUUCAUUACUUUGUUUGGUUAUUAAGAUUUUUUUGAUGUAAUAUAAUGACAAUUACAUAAUGUAAUCAAUAAUCUUUAAUUUGAUAUAAUGCAUAAUAUACAUAAAAAUUUAUGUAAUUAUGAUUAUUUACAGUAUAUUUAUGAUUAUUUUAUUUUUUAUUUUUUAUUUUUUUAUCAAUUUAAUUUAAAUACCUCUAA